CAUAUUAUUAUGUUUGAAAUACAUAUUAUUUUUCAGGACCCCUAAAAAAAAUUUUUUUUUUAAAUCCACCACAAUCAUAACCAUAUAGGUAAAGAAGCUAAACGCAACGCCUAGGCGAAGUAUAGGAAAGCGAGCCGGACGCAACGUCCAGACGUGACGUCAGACACAGCGUCUUGACGCACCUAGGAACGCGUACCCUUGUUUACCCGUAUUGACCGUUUUGGCGAUUGCGAAAACGUUUAUUUCAACGGUUGGCGGACAGUGUCGGUCGCCGGACACGAUUAAGCAUAAACCUCGGCAUGGACCUAUUCUUUGUAUAAUAUGAUCAAAGGACCUAUUAGACCUAUGCCAGUUGUACCAUCUUCGAUUAAAGUUAACCGGAGUUUAAUUGGCCGAAUUUGCCUGGUUCAAUAUCUGUUAUCAGCCGAUAAAGCGUAAUCACAAUAUUUAAGAUAGUACUAUCUUAAAUCGCGAGCGUAAUCGAAGUUUAACCGACGGUACAACCACAUAUAAAAUCAUAGAACAAUAUUAAUAUAAUCUGUGGUACAACUAGUGUUAUAAUAUAAUACUCUAUACUAUUAUACCAUAUGGUCCGAGCUACAGAUAAUAUAUAAUAUUAUAAUAUAUCAGAUAUUCAGAUAGGUAGCUGCAGUUGACUGCGUGACAGAAUUGUUUACCAUGUUUGACAGUUUUAAUUGACAUCUGAGUAUGACUACGACACCGCACGACUCACUACUAGGUAGGUAGUAGUAUUGUCUUGUUCUGUGGUAACAGAGGUAUCGUCGUCCGUCGCCAGUAUUUCAUUGUGGUAUUUGAUAAAUAGAUAUUACAAUCUAAUUAAUCUGUUCACGAUUCUGCAAUAAUUACUACCCAAACAUCACAUUGGCCGGGGGCCCAGUCCAGGCCGACACUCCAGUCUCCAGGUGUACUUACCAUAGCCAUUAUUCAUUUAUGCUUUGUCGCCAGUUGUAAUCGUUUUUCUGUCUUGACCGAAAUUAAUGAUGUCGCCUGUUAUACUUACGCAGUAGCCGGUGGGCCCAUUACUAAUUUAGUACACUUGUGUUUUAUACGCUGAAAAAUGGCUGGUUAUAGCGGUAACUUAUCUGACGCGAUGGGCGCUUUGUCUGUCGCUAAUGACCACUCCAUAGAACUCGGAUUGGACAAUAACAUUCAGGCACAGCUAAAAAAAAUCAAAAAUAAUUUUGAAAGCGUUUUCUCUUGGGACAUCCUUCAAUUAUCAGAAUUCAAUCAAAACAUUAUGUUUAACAUAAUUGAUAAAGUACAAGAAAACCUAGAAAUGAUCAUUAUAGACGGCAAGGACAAUGAAUUCAAUUUUUCUGGAUUCUAUUUACAAUUAAUUGCCAUUUAUGAACAUUACAUGAGCAAAAGAUAUAUGGAAUCAUAUUUGGGAAUCGAAACUAUUGUUACAUUUAUGGAAACAUGUAAAUUUGACGAGUCAAACCAACAGUAUUCUGAUGCAUACCAUCAUAUUGCACGGGCCACCAAAGCGUAUAUUGCAUCAACACUGAAGAUUGAUUCAAAAAAGUUACUGAUUGAUGUUAAACCAAUUAACAAUUUUAAUGAAGCUGAGAAAUCCUCUAUUUGUGCCGUAAAAGCCAGCAUUUUUAUGUAUUAUCCUCCAAAUGGGAAUGAUAUUGCUUUAGAAUUGGCUAAUCGAGCCUGUGCCCUUCAUUCUACUGAACCUGAAUGGAUAAUCAUUUGGUUAAAAGUCAAAAAAAGAGUAAGACAUCGCGAUGAACCAUAUAAAAUACCUGGGGAUGAUGAAAUUGAUGCUGCUUUAUAUUUAUACGAUACACAAUCAAAGCCUGAACUUUUAAUUCAAGCUCAUCAAACUUUUAAGGAAACUGGAUUUAUUAAUAAAAUAAACUACAACAAUAAGAAAUCACAACAUUUUUAUAAGCUUUCAUCUGAUAUUGCUAAAAAAACAAUUGAUUUGGUAAAGAAGAAUACGAACAAACAAAAUUCUGUAUUACUGAUGCAUUGUCUACACUAUCCUAAAUAUUUAUUGUCACAAGAAUUUAUAGACAAUAUAAUUACAAAACUGACAAAUGUUAAAAAUAGUUAUGUGCAUUUAACUAUAGGCAGAUAUUAUCUAGACCGUGAAAAGGAUUUUGUAAAAGCUAAAAUGUAUUUGUCUCAUGCAAACACUUUUGGUAAUUUCCCCAGUUCGUUGCAGUUAAUAAAAGUAGAAUGCCUAUUACAACCUGUCCAUACGUUUCCUUAUGUUCAGACAUUAAAUGAUUUGUACAAUGUUUACCAAAAGCCAAAUACAAGGGUUAUUAUUUUAAUACAUAUAUUGGUAUAUUACAAUUACUGUGAGAAUAAUCCAAAAGAAAUGAUGCACUACUUAAAAUUAUAUAUUGAUCAAGACAUUUCAGAUAUUUUUAAAAAACGUCAACUAACGUUUUUCCGUCCUUUGUUUAAUGUAGGCAGAUUUUUAAAACCAAAUGAUUUUCUGAAUGAUUUAUCUGCAAAUGUAAAAGAAUUAAUUAACAAUAAUAAGUGGAAUGAAGAAGAAAAAAAGAUAAUUGAAAACACAUUUGAUCGAUCCAAUAAAAUAUUACAAUUGAACAUUCAAGAUAAUAAUUUUGAUGAUGAUAAUAAUUUAUAAAACUGCUGUUCACAAUAAGAAUGAGUCUUAUAUAAAAAAUAAUACUGAGGAUUAUUUAAACCCAGAUUCUUAAUCAAAAUAUACAUACAAUUAUUUACAUUAUACAAUACUAUGUAGGUACCAACUGUACCUGAUAUAUUUCUUUUAUAAUUGUCAAUUUAUUGAUAUUUUUUUUACUCUAAUUUUCAAAUACCCACAAUAUCAACAAUAUCAAUUAUUUUGUUUUUUCCAUAGCUAUAUUAAGCUUAUAUUUUCUUUGUAUUUCCAAAUUUGGUAUAUAGUGUAUGGGUCAAUAGGCCAUUAUUAAAUUUAAUUAGUUUAUAUUGUAU